AACUUAUCCCCUCACUGCACCGGCACACAUUUGGGCUUUCUCUCUGGUAGUUGUAAAUGGUGGAGAGGGUUUGAGCAGUGGCAAUUUCCAUCUCCAAUGGCCUCUUCUUCAUGUUCAAGCUUCUACUGUUGCUACUCUGCCUCAAUCCCCAAAUUGCCCUCCUCAUCUUGCUUUUCCUUCCCUUCUUAUCCUUUCAAUCUUUCUGGGUCCAAUGGAAUUUCACUCCAUAGAGCUCUGUCUAACUCAAGAAUUUUUGCUAAGUUUGAGAAGUUCCAAGAUGAAACUCCCCAAGACAGUCUUGAGGAACCCAUCACAUCAUCAUCAUCAUCAGCUUCUCUUGAGUCAGAACAACAAACAAUUCAAGCAGAAGAAGAAGAUGACAGCUGCUUGCCAUCUGAUUUGGAGGGUGCAGUCCGACAGUCAAGUCAAGCAAGUGCCACUUUUGUGUCUUCAGGAGGAAUGAGAGCUAUAGUUGAGCUCUUAAUUCCGCAGUUGCAGUUUCUUGACGAUGAAGGUGCCCAAGGUGAGCUCUGGGAGCUGUCAAGAAUUUUCAUAGAUACACUUAUUGAAGAAACAGGAUGUGAGAGAGUUAAAGCAAUAUUUCCAGAUGCUGGUGCUGCUGCCCUUCUAAAAUAUCGGUGGCAAGAUGCUGCUUUUAGCUUCUCCAGUUUAAGUGACCGGAAGCCUGUAGGCAGUGAAGACGAAAUUGUUGUUAUGGUUGUUCCUGAUUAUCAGAUGUUGGAAUAUGUACAGCGAAUCACAUCUGAACUCUCAGAUGAUCCGCCAAGGCCCCUCAUCAUGUGGAAUCCACGUCUUGUAAGUGAGGAUGUUGGAGUAGGGUUCAAUGUUCGGAAGUUACGGCGCUAUUUUUUAAGGCAACUUUUCGUCAUUUUCAUUCAAGCGAACACUUUCACAGUGGUUUACUCAAUGAGACCUCUUCCAUCUGGUGCUGUGUUUAGAUGUUAUCCUGGGUUAUGGAAAGUGUUUUAUGACGACCAGGACAGGCCAAACCGGUAUCUACUUGCAAAAGAACAAAUAAGCCGUCCUGUUGCAGAAGAACUCGAGAUAAUAUAUGGCGACAUAGAUGAGAUGUCAGAGAAGGGCCCAUCAAUUUUUGAUAGAGCAGCAGGCAUCUUCUCUUCGAUAAAUCGAUUCAUGAAAGUCAUCUCAAGAUGAGUCAUUUUCUUUACCAAAGCAAGUGAUCGGUCAUUGUAUUGCAAGUCUAUGAAUUGAAUCUAGUUCGGAUACAUCGGAUCAGAUUUUCAUUGUCCUGCUACUGUUAAGUCUUGUUUGUAAAUCUGUUAGCAUUGUAUAGCCAGUGUUUUUUGUGAAACAUUAUUCUCAUUAUACCAUGCAAGUCAUCGGUGUUUCUCGAGCUAAGAUCUUUCUUAAUUAUCUUCUAAAAGGGCUAAUAGAUUCAUGAUCAUCAUGAUGUACAAAACUUUCAGAUCCAGCUUGAGAGAGAGAGGGAGAGAGGCACACAUCUUUCAAUUUCUGUUGGUUUUCAGUUCAGACAGAAGCACUCAAAACACACCCCUGAAAAUGCUUACUGUUAGAUUUGUUAUGUUAUUUUGUUUUAUAUUGAGAUAA